AUGGAGCGAGAUCAAGAUGCUAACCUCAAAAAGAAAGUUGCAGAUGAAAUGGAAUUUGUUGUGCAGUGCUUUAGAUGUUUCAAAUGGCGGUACAUACCUACAAAUGAGAGGUAUGAAAAAAUAAGGGAACACCUAUUGGAAUGUCCUUUUUAUUGUGAAGACACUCGUGAGUGGCGUCCUAGUAUAUCAUGUGACUAUAUACCAGAUGUCACUCAGAAUGAAAGAAAACUGUGGGCAUUUGAUAAGCCUAGUAUUCCUCAGCCUCCUUCGGGAUGGAAACGAAUUUUAAAAAUCAGAGCAGAAGGAGGCACCAAGUUUGCUGAUGUGUAUUAUGAUUCGCCUACUAGAACGAAAUUUCGUUCCAAAAUAGAAGUUGAAAGGUACUUGAAGCAACAUUCGGAGUAUGCAUCACAAGGUAAGCUGGAAAAGUUUUCAUUUCAGACCCCAAGACCUCUACAAGAAGAUUAUGCUAAGAAGCGUAGUCCAACACCUUCAUAUGAUAUAAAUGGUGCUAAUGAUGGAUUGAAACUUUAG